AUGAUGAGGUAUUUGGAGAUGGCGUACUGGACGAUGGAGUCGAUGGGACAGCCGCUGCCGGACGCGGUCGCUAGCACGGUGCGCUGGCGGGAGGACGCAACCCCGCACCUCUUGACGGACAAUCAGGUGGCCGAGGAGGCCAAGUACGGCAAGAUGUACGUCAGGGGCUUGGACCGCCAACAGCGGCCUAUUAUUCACUAUCGACCCGGUCUGGAGAAGAGCUUCGACACGGAAAAGGGUUUGAACCUGCUGUUUCACACGUUGGAGAGGGCGAAAGGCUCGCUGCCCAAGGGGCAGACGCAGUUCGCCGUGGUGGCCGACUGCUCCGGGUUCGGGCCCUCCAAGACGCCGCCCCUGCCCAUGCUCAAGACGGCGUUCAUCACGAUGCAGCGCCACUACCCGAUGCGUCUGGGAUAUGUGGUGAUCGUGAACGCAGGGGGACCCAUCACAUUCGUGUGGAAGCUCAUCUCCACCGUGCUGGAAGAGCGCACGAAGGAGAAGAUAGCGUUCCUGUCGAAGAAGGAGGCGGAGGCGACUCUUACGGGGCUCAUCGACCCGUCCGCCUUGCCGGCCUCGCUCCCGGGCGGCCUCGAUGACUUCACCUACUCCAACGAGGAGUACCUGAAGCUGUAAUGCGGCAGCGCAGCUGAGUGGUCGAACCAGUUUUGGUGCGGUCUGUUCGUCGGGGGUGGGUGCGGCCCGUGGUCCGCUGGGCGGUUGAGGAAAAUCGUGGACAUUUUUUU